GCAGGUGGGAGUUCAGAGAUGACAGAGGCUGUGUAGAGCACCUGUAAAUGGAGAGCGCAGGUCAGAGAAAGAUGUCGGAUGAAGAUGAUGUGGAUGACAUUGAUCCGGAACAGGAUGAAGUGGAAAGAGAAGAGGAUGACAAGGAGAUGGAGGAAUGGGAUGACUACAGGAAAGAGGGGGAAGAAGUCUCUGAGGAAUGGCUGCCCACCCCCCUCACGGAGGUCAUGAUGAAGGAAGGGCUUUCAUUACUCUGCAAGAUUGGCAGUGGACUGGCCCACGCUUAUAUUAAGCUGGAGGUUAAGGACAGGGACCUCACAGACAUCACCUUACUGCGUUCCUAUAUUCAUCUUCGCUAUGUGGAUAUUUCUGAGAACCAUAUUACAGACAUGUCACCGCUCAAUAGUCUCACUCACCUACUGUGGCUCAAGGCCGAUGGCAAUCAGCUUCGGAGCGCCCGGUUGAACGAACUGCCCUACCUGCAGAUCGCCAGUUUCUCCUACAACCAGAUCAUAGACACCGAAGGCAUCUAUCAUCCCCGUCUGGGAAGCCUGGAUCUCAAAGGGAACCGAAUCCACCAGGUGACUGGGCUGGACCCUGAAAGACUGACGAGCCUGCACACCCUGGAGCUUCGGGGGAACCAGUUAGAAACCACAAUGGGAAUCAACCUUCCUAAGCUAAAGAAUCUCUACCUGGCUCAAAACCUGCUGAAGAAGGUAGAGGGCCUGGAGAACCUGAGCAACUUGACCACCCUGCAUCUGCGAGACAACCAGAUCGAAACUUUGGAUGGCUUCUCCAAGGAAAUGAAGUCGCUGCAGUACCUCAACUUGAGAAGUAAUAUGAUUGCUGACCUGGCGGAACUGGCCAAACUGCGGGACCUGCCAAAGCUUCGAGCCCUGGUGCUGCUGGACAACCCAUGUGCGGAUGAGACUGACUACCGCCAGGAGGCCCUGGUGCAGAUGGCACACCUAGAGCGUCUAGACAAGGAGUUCUAUGAGGAUGAGGACCGGGCAGAGGCCGAGGAGAUCCGGCAGAGGCUGAAGGAGGAACAGGAGCAAGAACUCGAUCCGGACCAGGACAUGGAGCCAUACCUGCCACCAGCUUAGUGGCUCUUCCAGCCUGCAGGGACAGUAAAGGAGGCCAAGGACACUGGCCUCAAGAACUGAUAAGACUCCAGUGGGGGACCCCCUCAUUCAUAGCCCUGUCACAGGAAGUGGGAGAUGCUCCUUUUUGUCCCAGACUGGAAAUCCAUCACAUCCCAAGGCCCAGGUUCUUUGGCAGUCAUCUCUGUGUGGCUUGUUCCGUGGGCCUAAACUCCUAAGUACAGCUCUCAAGCAGGUCUGGGGCAACUAGGAUGCUAGUCAGGGUUGUCUGGAGAGAGGAGCUGGGGAGGCGGGCUAUGAUGGGCCAGUUCGGCUUUCAAAUAAAAGGCAUUUUUAUA